UUUUGAGUUAAAAACAAAGUCUAAAGCAAGGAAAAUUGAUAUAAGUGCUUCAAACUAGGCCAUAAACUUAGUGAAAUCAUAACACUUAUCAAUUGUAAUUUUAAUGAUAAAAUAGGACGAAUCCUUUGUUACUUGAACUUUUGAACCUUAAGUUUGAGAUAAUUUUCAGUCCUAGAAAACUGCAAUGUUAAGGAAUUUGCUAAAUUCUUAGAAGGAACUAAUCUUCACGGAAAAUAUUGUCCUAAGCAACAAUAUUUAACCCUAUAGUUAUUUAUUAUGAAUAGAAUACCUAUUCCCAAGUUGUGGUUCAGAGGUGAGGUUCUGAUCUCGUUAGCAAGUUUUGGAGACCAGAUCUAUCUACUAAUUUCCUCUUUAUUUCUUAUAUCUCUCCAACAAUUUUGAAACAAAACUUGAGAUAUUCAAACAGAGUUGCAGCAUUAAUCAGCAAUCACAACCACCAGCUGCUGGGAGGACAUUAUUUGGAAAUAAAUCAUGGGUCGGCGGAAAGGUGAUCCAAAGUACACGAAUGAAGUCAUCAUCAUCGAAAAAAACAAGAGAUGGAAGUGUAAGCAUUGUAAUUGUGAAUUUAGUGGAGGUUUUUCAAGAAUUAAAGCACAUUUAGAGAAAACACCAGGGAAAGGCAUUGCUGUAUGCUCAGUUUAUUGUGGCAACGAAGCAAGGCAAAACAUCAUUGGUUCCUCUUCAAUGGAUCCACAAGGAGCAUGAAAUCCAUUACAAGUGGCGGAAGGUGAUCACCAAAUGAUUGACACUUUUGGUAACGAUCAAAUAAAUGUAGAAUCAACAUCUUUACUCGGAGCAGGUGAGAGUGAAGUGAGUGGAAGCAGCGAUGAUUGCGAACGUGAUUUAAAUGUGUUGGUUUGCGAUCUAACAAGAGAGGAAGAAGACAUUAAGGGUCAAUUACAAUGGUUGGAGUCACGGGGCAAGAAGCCAAAGAGUCGAGUUGACCAUUGGUUGAAUGAACUACAGGACCUCAAAACAAGAGCAGAUCAUGACAUGCAGCAGUUAGGAUCGAUUAAAAUACAGGAUUUGGGGGGAGUGGGGAAAACAUUCCUAGCAACUUAUAUGGAGAAUGAGAUCAAAAGAAAGAAAAGUUUCAAGCAUGUCUUCUGGGUCACUGUUUCCCAUGAUUUCACCAUUCUCAAAUUGCAACACCACAUUGCGGAAACAAUGGGGGUAAAGCUUUACGGAGAUGAUGAGAGAAGUAGAGCAACAAUUUUGGCAUCUGAGUUGGAGAAAAUAGAAAAUUCAGUACUUAUUUUGGAUGAUGUUUGGAAAUAUAUUGAUCUAGAGAAAGUCAGAAUUCCUCUCAGAAUGAAUGGCAUCAAAUUGAUUAUCACAAGUCGUUUGAAACAUGUGUGUCAACAGAUGGAUUGUUUGCAACAUCAUAUGAUAACAGUGUAUCCUUUAAAUGGAAAUUUUGAGAAAGAUAUGGAUUGGGAGUUAUUUUUGCUAAAAUUAGGACACCAUGGAAUACCUGCAACGCUUCCCCCUGAAGUAGAAAAGAUUGCAAGAUCCGUUGUAAAGAAGUGCGAUGGUUUACCACUUGCAAUCAGUGUGAUGGCUAGAAGCAUGAAGGGGCACGAUGACAUUCAUUGGUGGAAGCAUGCAUUGUAUAAAGUUGAAAAUUUUGAAAUGGGAGAAGAGGUGAAAACUGUACUAAAGCGUAGCUAUGAUAAUUUUAUUGACAAGGACUUGCAAAAUUGGUUCUUAUACUGUGCACUAUUACCUCAUGGUAAUAAAGAGAAUUGGGUUAAAAAGCUUGUUGACAGGGGACUAUUGAAUGGAAAGAGGAGUUUGGAGGAAAUGAUUGAUGAGGGGUAUGUGAUACUAGAUAAACUCAUAAACCAUUCUUUGUUGUUGCAGGAUGGGUUGAAUCCAAGAAUGCAUGAUCUGGUGAGGAACAUGGCAUGCGAUAUAAUGAAAGACAAAUACAUGGUAAAAAUUGAUAAAAAAUUGAAAAAGAUACCUGACUUGGGGGAAUGGAGAGAUGAUUUGGAGGCAGUUUCUUUGGCGUCGAACAAAAUAGAAGAAAUCCAAGAGGGUGCAUCGCCUAAAUGUCCACGCUUGUCCACCUUAAUUUUAUCUAAGAAUCGCAUCGCUCAUAUUUCGGACUCUUUUUUUACACGCAUGAAUGCUCUGGCAGUACUUGAUCUAUCAGAUAAUGAAGAAUUAAUAUCAUUACCGAAUUCACUGUCAAACCUGAGGUCUCUUAUUUCUUUAGUGCUUAGAAGAUGUCGAAAAUUAAAAAGUAUACCUCCACUGGAGAAGCUACAAGCAUUGUCAACAUUGGUCAUGGAAAAUCUAGUAAAUUUGAAAUGGCUUGAUUUGUCCCAGAAUCGUUUAAUACCAUUACCAGUAGCAGAAGGUGUACUAUCUCGUUUGACCAAUAUGCAAUAUUUGGAUCUCAGCAGUUGUUCGAUUAAAAAAGUAGAAGAUGCAAAAGGGAUGACUAUGCUCGAAUGUUUUCAAGGUGGCUUUCUGGACCGGGAUAACCACAAUCAUUACGUCCAACAAAUCUUUAACAACGGUUAUGGACCUAAAACUUAUCGUAUUUAUUUUGGAAAGUGCGACUACUACUGGUACCAAGAAGAAAUUUUCCAAGAGUUUAAUUUUCGAAGAUUAUUGUUUACAGACUGCCCAGAAAAACCCUAUUUACUGCCGAGAGACCUUGUGGAUUUGAAUGUAUAUGACAAUAAGCAAUGGGAAUACUUAUGUGCUGCUUUGUCGUCUAAGGAUCCUUCGUCUUUCAAAAAAAUUUUCAUUAAAGACUGCACAAAACUGAGGAGCUUGUUUUGUUUUAGUCCUUGUUCAUCGUGUAAGUUUAUCCAAACGGCCAUUUGCAAGGAAUAUGUUGCUGAUUUUCACAUGCUUACUCCUCAGACUCGGACAGAGGUGUUCCGUCAUGUCGUGCAUUUUGAAAUCUCAGAAUGCCAUAAAAUAGAGACGUUGCUGACAUUAGAGUUAGUGCCAUCACUUGCAAAGUUGGUGACAAUUCAAGUACGGGAUUGUGAUUCAAUGAAGGAGAUAUUUGCAGCGAGUAACAGAGGUGAUGGUAGUAUUACACUCCCCAAGUUGACCACAUUGAAAUUGUAUUAUCUACCACAGUUGCAUACAGUGUACGAAGGAGUUUUAGUCUGUGCAUCUCUGGAUGCACUCGACCAAGCUUAUUGUCCCAAUUUAAGGUUGCCUAAAAUAAAACUCGUGUGAUUCACUCUGCUAA